AUGGUAUAUGAGUGCAACUUCAAAAUAAGGGAUGAGGAAUUAAAAAAAAGAAAGGAGCUGGAGGCAGAAAAGAAGGACAAAAACAAAGGGGAACAAUUGAAAAAUGGCAAUGACAACAACCAGGCCAAGGAAAAAGGAAAAGAAGAGGAGCACAAUCAAAGGAACAAGGAGGCUAGCACCCAAAGGCAAGUUGUACAGCAAAGGGAGGAGGAAUGGCAAACACAAAAAAGGAAACACAACAAGCAACCAGAAGAAAGAGUCCAAAAUACAAUUUGGAGACCAACUUCACCACAAAAAAGGAUGGCAAUUCAGCAUACAGGUAUAUCAAAUAAUCCUAGCCAUAAUUCAUUUACUAAUCUAAAUAUGCAGGAAGCUCAUAAUGAAGGAAAGGAGGAACAUACCAGCAAUGGAAGGGUGCAAGCACAAGAGACACAAAACAGGUCUGUAACAGGCCCUAACCAAACAAAACAAGUAACACAGAAUGGCAACAAGGAAUAUAGCAAGAGCACAGACCUUAGAGCCUCUGCAACCACUACUGUGCAACAACAUAACACACAGCAACAACAGAAACUACAGCAACAGACAGAAUCUGCAAAAUGUACAAAUGAACAACAGGGUAACAAUACUAGAAAAGGGCAGAAGAAACAUACUGCUCAGGCCAGUGAAGUACCAGAGAUUGAUAACUUCAAGCAACUGGCUGGCAAAGGGGAGAAUCACAAUCCAAGAGGGGCAGCUAUGGCAAAAGAUAUGGGGUCCAAAGCCAGUACUAGCAAACAAGGAACUACCCCAAAGAGCAAGAAUAAGCCUAGUAAAAAGAGGAGGGAAGCAGCUAAGAAAAAAUUACAUGCACAGCAAGGAACUGAGCAAAACCAGCAGGAAGAACAGAAUAAUCUGGACAACAACUGUAAGAAGUUUAUUAUGGUGGAUGAUAUGCAGGGUAUGGAUAUUACCCCCCUGCAAACUCAGUAUCUUACCCCCCCUCACAAAGAUCCUCCAGACAGAGCUACAGCAGGCAAGGUAAACUAUGUGCCAGAUAUUGAUGAAUAUGAGGUGGAGAAUUCUGAGGAUGAGCUAGAUAUAGAUAAUCAAUCUAUACAAAAUCAGGAUGAUGAUGAUGAGACUACUGAGCUCUUGAUUAAAGCCUUUAGUCCUCACAAUGCCAAUGAUCUAAAAGAGGAAAUACAUCAGGUAGCAAGUCAACAAGGAUUAUCACCUAGGGGACUUCACUAUGACAGAUUCAAAAAUACCAAAGGGCAAAAAUUUAUUUCUGCCACUGCAGGCAGACCUAACACCAGGCUCUUUAUUUCCAAAUCCUCCCAAUGA